ACACUACUUUUGACUACUUUGAGCUGCCGCACCUAAUAGUGUUUACAUUGAAUUUCCUUUAUUUAAUUUUAAAUAAACUACAAUAAUUACUAUAUAAUCCUCACUUUAUAAUUAAUCAUAUGCUUUAUUAAGUUUUAUCGGCUAUAUGGUAGUUUUUAGUUACUCACAAGAUAUAAAAUAAUUGAUCAGUUAUGGCUGGAAAUGAGAGAGUGUCUCUAAAUGAUGCCUUAUCAAAUGUGGAAGUCUUGGAUGAACUUCCUUUGCCAGAUGAACAACCUUGCAUCGAAGCACAACCAUGUUCUGUAGUUUAUCAAGCAAACUUUGAUACUAAUUUUGAAGAUAGAAAUGGAUUUGUCACUGGUAUAGCUAAGUACAUAGAAGAAGCUACUGUACAUGCAAGCUUGAAUGAAUUAUUAGAUGAAGGACAAGAACAUGCUGUCAUGUUAUAUACAUGGCGUUGCUGCUCUAGAGCUAUACCACAGCCAAAAUCAAAUGAACAACCAAAUAGGGUCGAGAUAUAUGAAAAGACAGUAGAGGUUUUAGCACCCGAAGUCAAUAAAUUAUUGAAUUUUAUGUAUUUUCAGAGGAAAGCAAUUGAACGAUUCUCCCAGGAAGUAAAAAGAUUAUGUCAUACUGAAAAAAGAAAAGAUUUUGUAUCGGAAGCAUAUUUACUAACUUUGGGGAAAUUUAUCAACAUGUUUGCAGUAUUAGACGAACUAAAAAAUAUGAAAUCAAGUGUGAAGAAUGACUAUUCAACAUACAGGAGAGCUGCCCAGUUUUUGAAAGUAAUGUCAGAUUCACAAACACUUCAAGAGUCUCAAAAUCUUUCCAUGUUCUUAGCAACUCAAAAUAAAAUUCGUGAUACCGUUAAGGAAAAUUUAGAAAAAAUUACGGGAUAUGAAGAACUGCUUGCAGAUGUUGUCAACAUUUGUGUUCAUAUGUUUGAAACCAAGAUGUAUUUAACACCCAGUGAAAAGCACAUGUUAGUUAAAGUAAUGGGCUUUGGAUUGUUUUUAAUGGACAGUGAGCUCUGUAACAUCAAUAAACUGGAUACCAAGAAAAAGUUAAGAUUAGAUAAAAUUGAUCGUAUAUUUAAAAAUUUAGAAGUAGUUCCGUUGUUUGGAGAUAUGCAAAUUGCACCUUUCAAUUAUAUAAAGAGGAGUAAACACUUUGAUGCAAAUAAAUGGCCCUUAUCUAACAGUACAACACCUUCACCUCAAGCCGAUCUAAUGGUUCAUCUUCCACAGAUCCGAGAGGAUCACGUUAAAUACAUUAGUGAGCUAUCUAGAUACAGUAAUGAAGUCACAACAACUUACAAAGAAUGCGGCAGUGAUACUGAAAAUAAGGAAACAGCAGAUUUGGCACUCCGAGGAUUACAGCUUUUAUCGGAAUGGUCGAGUGUAGUUACAGAGUUGUAUUCUUGGAAGUUGCUACAUCCAACGGACCAUCAUCAGAAUAAGGAAUGUCCUAAAGAUGCAGAAGAAUAUGAGAGGGCGACCAGGUACAAUUAUACGGAUGAUGAAAAAUUUGCCUUAAUUGAAGUGAUAGCAAUGAUCAAGGGCCUACAAGUGUUAAUGGCUAGAAUGGAAACUGUAUUUACUGAUGCAAUAAGAAGAAACAUUUACGCAGAGUUACAAGACUUUGUUCAGUUGUCAUUAAGAGAACCUCUAAGAAAAGCAAUAAAGAACAAGAAAGAUUUAAUUAGGAGCAUCAUCAUGUCUGUUCGAGAAACUUGUGCAGAUUGGUCUAAGCAUUUCGAUCCAAUCAAUGACCAUUUAUUAAAAGGUAGAAAAGACCCAGAGACAGGUUUUCAGAUAAAAGUGCCAAGGAGAAAUGUGGGACCAUCUUCUACCCAAUUAUACAUGGUAAGAACAAUGUUAGAGUCAUUGAUUGCAGACAAAUCUGGCGGAAAGAGAACAUUACGUAAGGACAUCGAUGGACAAUAUCUAAUGCAAAUUGAUUCUUUUCACAAAACUUCCUUUUAUUGGAAUUACUUGUUAAGUUUUAGUGAGUAUUUGCAAAAGUGCUGUGAUUUAUCCCAAUUGUGGUAUAGAGAAUUUUAUUUGGAAAUGACUAUGGGAAAAAGAAUAAAUAAAUGUACUGUACGCCACAAUCAUAAUGAAGAGUGUAGCGAUUUAAUUACAAUGGAAAAAAGGAUACAGUUUCCUAUUGACAUGUCAAUGCCUUGGAUUCUUACAGAUCAUAUUUUAAAAACUAAGGAACCGUCAAUGAUGGAGUAUGUUUUGUAUCCCCUGGAUUUAUACAAUGAUAGUGCUUUGUAUGCUUUAACAAUCUUUAGAAAACAGUUUUUAUACGAUGAAGUGGAGGCUGAAGUAAAUUUGUGCUUCGACCAGUUUGUUUUUAAGCUCAGUGAACAGAUUUUUGCUUAUUAUAAACAAUUAGCUGCAAGCAUAUUUCUUGAUAAACGAUUUCGUGUCGAGUGUUCCGCAGUUGGAGCUUAUUUACUUCCUUAUCCCAGAGCCAAUCGGUACGAAACACUUCUUAAACAAAGACAUGUGCAAUUAUUAGGUAGGUCCAUCGACUUAAAUAAGCUGAUUACACAGCGAAUCAAUGCCGAUAUGCAGAAAUCUUUAGACUUGGCAAUAAGUAAAUUUGAAGGUGGUGAUAUUACAGGAGUCAUAGAACUAGAUGGAUUGCUACAGGUUAACCGAUUAUGCCAUAAAUUAUUAAGUAAAUGGUUAGCUCUCGAUGAUUUCGACUCAAUGUUUAGAGAAGCAAACCAUAAUGUUCUAGCUCCUUAUGGAAGAAUUACUCUGCACGUAUUUUGGGAACUGAAUUACGAUUUUCUGCCGAAUUAUGUCUAUAAUGCAGCAACUAAUAGGUUUACCAAAUAUCGUGGGAUAUCUUUUGGAACUGCAGUCUCUAGAGAUAGACCUCCACAAAUGUCUCACCAUUAUCUCUGGGGCACCAAACAAUUAAAUUUAGCCUACACAACGCAAUACUCACAAUACUCAGGUUUUGUUGGCCCCCAACACUUUCAUACAAUGUGCAGACUUCUGGGAUACCAAGGAAUAGCUGUAGUUAUGGAAGAACUUCUAAAAAUAGUUAAAAGUCUGAUCCAAGGAAGCCUUCUACAAUUUACAAAAACGCUUAUGGAAGCAAUGCCAAAAAUAUGCAAACUACCUAGAUAUGAUUAUGGAUCUCCUGGUGUUCUAGGCUACUAUCACGCACAACUUAAUGAUAUAGUGCAAUAUCCUGAUGCACGUACUGAACUUUUCCAUAACUUCAGAGAAUUUGGAAAUAUUAUUUUGUUUUGUUUACUGAUGGAACAAGCAUUAUCCCAGGAAGAAGUAUGCGAUCUUCUGCAAGCUGCACCUUUUCAAAAUAUUCUUCCUAGGCCGUUCUGCAAAGAUGGUGAAAAACUCGAAGCUAAACAGAAACGUUUAGAAGCAAAAUACCAAGCUUUACAAAUAGUUCCCAACAUAGAAAAGCUAGGAACUGCCAAACAAGCGAUGAUAUCCAAAGAAGGUGACUUGCUUACUAGGGAACGCCUUUGUUGCGGCUUAUCAAUAUUUGAAGUGGUUUUAAGUAGACUGAGAAGUUUUCUAGAUGAUCCUGUCUGGGUGGGUCCCCCUCCUACAAACGGAGUUAUGAAUGUAGACGAAUGCACUGAAUUUCAUAGGCUGUGGUCUGCUCUCCAGUUUGUUUACUGCAUUCCAGUCAGUGAGAAUGAAUAUACAGUGGAGGAAUUGUUUGGCGAAGGCCUGCAUUGGGCUGGGUGUACGAUGAUUGUUCUUCUUGGACAACAAAGAAGAUUUGAAGCCUUAGAUUUUUGUUAUCACAUUUUAAGGGUACAAAGAGUGGACAUGAAGGACGAAGUAGUAAAAGGAAUUAAUCUCAAGCGAAUGGUUGAUCGUAUCCGAAGAUUCCAGGUAUUAAACUCGCAAAUAUUUGCUAUACUAAACAAGUUUUUAAGAUCAGGAGAAAGCGAUGAGUUAUCAGUUGAACACGUUCGAUGUUUUCCUCCACCUAUACAUCCGUCAAUCAACCCCCAACAGCACUACCAUGCACCAGAACAUCUCAGGCAGUAUUAAUUUUUAAAGCUAAGUUUAAAUGUUAUUUAUAUUUUGUUAUUUUGGUAUAAAUACACAUUAGUUGUAAUUCUGUAACUAAGGAAUGGACCAAUAAUAAAUUCAAUAUUGUGUAAGAUACUAGUACACUUUCGGUGUGCAAAAAAGGCAUUUUCAAUAACUUUUUUCUCGACUCCUUUAUACAUUUUUUUUGCAAAAGUUUAUUAGUUAAUUCUUGAGCUGUACCGGGUGUCCCAAUAAGAAUGGCUCUCGGCCAUAUCUCAGGAACCGUUUAUAGUACAGCUUUGAGAAAAAAAUAUUUAUAACAAAAGUCGCCUCGGGAAAAGCCUGGAAAUUAUUUUCAUAAUUGUAGGUCCACCGCUAGAGGGCGUAAUUGAAUAUCAAAAAUUAAAAAAUCAAAAUUUUUGCAAAAUUUACCUAAUGAAACGGCACUGGAAAUCCAAUCACCGUAUUCUUCAUAAAAUUCUGCUCAUAUUUGAUUUCACAAGUUUAAGUCUACCUUUGCAAAUAAGAGAUGGGGGUGAGUGGAAACCUUCUUAUGAAAAAAUGGCUGUAAGUUCGGUUCUGCUCAAUCGAAUUUUGCAUACUUGGUCUUGUUGAAAACAGCUUUUAAAAUAGCAUAAUAAGUAAUAUGCAAGCUAGGAGGCGUUAUUUAAUAAUUUUCAGAAAUCUAGUUUUCUUUGGAAAAUAUUAAAUAUAAUUAUGCAUUUUUAUUCAUGUAUUACAAAAUUAGACCAAAUUAUCAACAUAAUACCGAAAACCGCAUGUCGAUACCUUUUUUCUAUCUCGAGAUAUCUUAAGAAACGUGUAAAUUUUAAACAACUAUUAAUGUCACCGGUAAACGAAGUUAAGGAAAAGUAGUGUGCUAUGGAAAAAACAAAGAAACAUUUUCCAGAUGUAAACGUAUAUAAUUAAUUAAAACAACAAUAAGACAAACAACACUAUAAAAUAUAACAAAGAAAUAAAAGCAACUACUUACUUAGUGACGACCUAAAUGUUCAAAUUGUUGCCCAUCAUUUUCGAUGCAAGCAUUUACUCUUUCAAGAGUGGAUUGAACAGCAGUCUCAAUGUCUGCUUUCGCAAUGCUUUGAAUGGCGUUUCGUAUUCUCUAGAUUCUAGAUCAUGUUUUCUCGAGUAGUGGGCCUAGCGGCAAAAACAAGGUCUUUAAUCCGUCCCCAUAAAUAAAAGUCCAAAACAGUUAAAUAUGUUGCUAUUAAAUCUGUUCUUGAAAGAGCAAAUGCUUGUAUCGAAAAUCAUGGGCAACAAUUUGAACAUUUAGGUAGUCACUAAGACUACGUAAGUAGUUGCUUUUAUUUCUUUCCUAUAUUUUAUAGUGUUUGUCCUAUUUUUGUUUUAAUUAAUUAUAUACGUUUACAUCUGGAAAAUGUUUAUUUGUUUUUUCCAUAGCACACUACUUUUCCUUAACCUCGUUUACCGGUGACAGUAACAGUUAUGUUUAAAAUUUACACAUUUCUUAAGAUAUCUCGAGAUAGAAAAAAGGUAUCGACAUGCGGUUUUUGGUAUUAUGUUGCUAAUUUGGUCUAAUUUUGUAAUACAGGAUUAAAAAUGCAUACUAAUUAAAUAAACUUUAUGAAGAAUACGAUGAUUGGAUUUCCAGUGCCCUUUCAUUAGGUAAAUUUUGUAAAAUUUUGAUUUUUUAAUUUUUUAUAUUCAACUACGCCCUCUAGCGGUGGACCUACAAUUAUGAAAAUAAUUUCCAGGCUUUUCCCGAGGCGACUUUUGUUAUAAAUAUUUUUUUUCUCAAAGCUGUACUAUAAACGGUAACUGAGAUAUGGCCGAGAGCCAUUCUUGUUGGGACACCCGGUAUAAAAAGUCUUUAUUUCUUCGGCAAUAAACCUUCGAACUUUUUAACUAGAUGUCACUACAGCGUCCGUAUCGAAUUAUUUGUUUUAAUUCGGCAUUGGGAGACAAAUUAUUUAUCUUUUCGUUCAGAUCAGACUAUAGAGCCUGUCCAAUGAUCCUUAAAGAGGGCGAAACGUGCUUAAGAGAAUGAUGGUCCUCUUUGAACGAAUUGAAAUAUAAGAUGUCUCUCAUUUUCAUUUCACACUAGGUUACUCCUAUAUGAAUACAGGGAACCAAGAUUCGUUGGAAUUUUUACCUAGAUGAAUAGACAGCUAGAGAAAUGCAGAUUUUAGAUUUCCCCUAGUCUUCUUUAAUACAGUACGAAUACAAGUCUUACCAAAAUCUGGUCCCAGGAAACAGAAAUCUUAAUUUCUUCAGAAAUAAAGCUUGAAACUUUUUCUUUAUAAUAUUUGAUUUUUUCAAAUAUUAAAAAAAAAUAGAUUUUUUUCAAAAACCGACAGUGUGCUAGUACCUUAACAGUUUUGAGGUCAUCCUAAUACAUUUUCAUACUAUAUUUUUUUUUGAUAUAUUAUUUUAUACUAUUUUUUGCGUGAUUUUUUUCGUCUUGUCUUUACUUCCCCACAAAAUAUUUUUGCCUAUCUGUCCUUGUGACAUUUAGUUUCCAACGAGAUAAUUUUUUAGUAACUAUAGUUAAUUUCUAAUUAGUACCUCUAUUUUCAUAUACUUUCUCAUAUAGGGUGUCCCAAAACUAGCGGGACGGUUGAAUAUCUCGCGAAAUAUACAUCGGAUGAAAAAACUGAAAAUACGAUUUGAAUAUUUUUCAAAAAUCUAUCGAAUGACAUCAAACAUGAUACCCCCUCCACGCUCUGGAGGUGGGGUGGGUGGUACCUUUAAAAUCUUAAAUAGGAACCCACAUUUUUGAUUGCAGAUUCAGAUUGCUUACGCAAAAAUAAGUAACUUUUGGAUGGCCUAUAAUCGGAAAAAACUAUUUAUCCUGAUACCCUAGGUAAAUUAUAGAAACGGUCUAAUAUCUCAAGAAAUACACUCCCAAAUGAAAAACCGAAAGACACGUGUUUAAUAUUUUUCAAAAACCUAUCGAAUAAAACUAAACACGACCCCCCACAUAAAAAUAUUCCUGAUUUUUUUACGAGGAAUCCAAAUCUGCAAUAAAAACGGGGGUCUAUUUAAGAUUUUAAAGUUAACCCCACCCUAUCUCCAUGGGAUGGAGCGGGGGUCGUGUUUAGUGUUAUUUAAUAGGUUUUUGAAAAAUAUUAGUAGGAUAAAGGCAAUUAAUUGAGAUGAGACAUCUACGAGCUAUAGCCGGAAAGACCAAAUGGGAUAGAAUAAGAAAUGAGGCAAUAAGAGGGAUAACUAAACAGGAACCAAUAAUGAAUAAAAUAAUAAUGAGACAAUUAAACUGGUAUCGACAUCUGAUGAGAAUGAAACCUAGUAGACUAACAAGGAAAUUCAUGAAACAAGAAAUAUUACAAAAAAGAAAAAAGGCAGACCGACGAAAAAAUGGAUACAGCAAAUAGUAGAAGCAGGAAAAAUUUAACAGAAAACGCUAGAAGAAAUGAAACUAUUAGCACAAGACAGAAAAGAAUGAAAGAGAUGGGUGAAUAUGUAGCUAAGCUAAACCCAAAUCCGACACCUGAAAGGGUAUAAGGAAGGGGAGAAAGAAAGAAAGAAAAAUAUUAAAAAAGUGUUUUUUUGUUUUUCAUUUGGAAGUGUCUUUCUCGAGAUGUUAGACCGUUUCUAUAAUUUACUUGGUAUAUCAGGAUAUAUGGUUUUUUCGAGUAUAGCGCCAUCUAUCCACAAUUCGAAAAAAUGUCAAAUAAAGGUUGCUUUACGUAAAGAAUCCAAAUCUGCAAUAAAAAAUGGAGGUUCCUAUUUAAGAUUUUUAAGUUACCUCCACGUCCGACGCCGUAAUAGGCAUAAGGAAAAAAGACAAGAAGAAGAAGAAGAAGAAGAAGAAGAAGAAGAAGAAGAAGAAGAAAGUUAACCUUCCCCUCACCUCCAGUAGGUAGAGUGGGGGCUGUGUUUUUCGAUCGGAUGUUCAUUUUGCUAAAUAUUCGACCAUCCCGCUACUUUUGGGACACCCUAUAUAUUUGAUUUCGUCUUUUUUUUAAUUCUUUUUGAUUAUCUCCCGCCUUUUCGUUUAGGUACUUAUCAAGUCUAUUUUUUACAAUUCUUGCGCGGCCACUUGAUAACAUCCAGGCAAAAACAAGAAGGUAUUUGAUUUACAACAGAAGUAGGAAUAUUCUGGUCCAUUUUUUACAUUUUUUAUAAGUUAAAAAAAUAAUUGUUUUAAGUUGGUUAUUCCUUUGUAUUUAUAUAUUUUUAAAAAAUUAUUAUUUCUUUUUAAAACGA